AUGGCGGCCGAAGUAGGCGCCAACGAAUCUGUCGACCCCAACACGCUCUACACCAAGCAGGAAUGCAUAGGCGGCGGCAGCUUUGGCAAGGUCUACAAAGGCCUCGACCGCCGGACCGGCCAUACGGUCGCCAUCAAGGUCAUUGACGUCGAGAAUGCAGAGGACGAGGUGGACGACAUCAUGGGCGAAAUCAUGAUUCUCUCCGGCAUGAACUCGCCCUAUGUCACAAAGUACUACGGCUCCUACCUGGCUGGCACCGACCUGUGGAUCGUCAUGGAAUUCUGCUCUGGCGGGAGCUGCGCAGACCUCAUGAAACCAGGCAUCAUAGCAGAGGCUGAGAUUGCUGUCAUCCUAAAGGAACUACUCAUGGGCCUCAGCUAUCUUCACGACGACAAUAAGCUGCACAGAGACAUCAAGGCGGCAAACAUACUGGUUGGGUCAAAUGGGCAAGUGAAGCUCGCUGAUUUUGGUGUCUCGGGACAGCUUUCGGCCACAAUGACGAAGAAGAAUACCUUUGUUGGUACCCCCUUUUGGAUGGCACCCGAGGUGAUCAAGCAGUCUGGCUACGACGGCAAGGCUGACAUUUGGUCUCUUGGUAUUACUGCACUCGAACUGGCUAACGGCGAGCCCCCUUAUGCCGACAUUCACCCCAUGAAAGUCCUCUUUCUCAUCCCCAAGAACCCACCCCCCACAUUGCAAGGCAACUUUUCGCCUGCCUUCAAGGAAUUUGUCGACCUUUGUCUCCGAAAAGACCCUAGGGAACGUCCGAGUGCAAAACAACUUCUUCAGACAAAUUUCAUUCGCAAAGCUGGAAAACCUGCACGUCUACAAGAGCUCAUCUCCAGGUACCAAGAUUGGAAGGUUAGGUAUCCAAAGGAGGCGGCCGAAUCGGAUGAUGAGGCUACACCUGUCAAGAGAAAGGAGCCAGUCAAUGAAGACUUGUGGGACUUUGGCACUGUACGGCCGGUGGGAGGCGGUCGGGGGCCUGCCCUCGCCCAGAUGAACGAAUCUGGUACGAAUGCCCAACGCAAACCUGUUUCUCAAGCCAAGAACGGUUACGGUGACGAAAACGACGAUACGAUUCGGGAAAGUCAGCCUCCUUCUCCCAGCAAACGACUGGCACCAUUGCAGACGAAUGGCUCAUCUGCAGCAUCGGUGAGAACUGCAGCGCGAGUACCACUACCACCAUCCCCAGAGAAGAAGCAAAUUCCACUCUUCCCACAGCCAGCCUCGGAGCUUCCGCGGAAGUCGCCUGUGCCUGGCCUCUUUUCACCAACAUCAAACAGAGGGCUAGUCACACCCACCAAAUCACAGGCUCCUCAACAGCCAAGGCGGCAAACGCCCCUACAGCACACAUUUGAUGAUUUCAUCCAACGCGAGAUAGCUGCAGAUUUAAAGAACCUGGACAUCACUCCGCAGCAACGAAUACCAACACCAAGUCGAGCUUCAGUUCUGCCACAAAUGGAUAUACCAGAGAUUCCGCCGUUCCGCGGACAAUCGACAAGUCCGUCUGGAAGCAGCUCACAUGCCAACCAGCUGCCAAAGCCGCUACAAAGCCCCAUUCGAACACACAACCUACCUGCCCUGCCCGGACAGAAGCCGCUUCCGCCAUCCCAACAGUCGUUCGCACCACUGAGUCCAAGCUCCUACGUGCGGACUGACUCAGCGACAUCAAAGGAUCCAUUUGGCAGUCCGAUUAUGUCUAACAGAAAAUCACCGGCGGAACAAGCACAAGGCAUGGAAUCAACUCCUCCAGCGCCUCCACCACAUGCUAGCAAACCGCCACCCACGUCCCGUGGGUCCUUUGGCCGCGCCAGACCUACAACCAAUCACUCCAACCCAGUGCAAGCACCCGGCUCACCCGCAGCACCCGCGGAGAUCACGGCGCUCAGUGGAGUUGUUGUGCCGGCGCUCGACGCUGCGCUCUCGCGACGGACGUAUCAUCUCAAUCUCAAGAACAAGCAGGAGUCUGCGCAAUCCCUAGACGACCCACAGGGCUUUAUUGAGCGUAGAAGGCAAAGGCAAGAAUGCCAUGAAAAGAUAGUCAGGCUUGUGAAUGAGAUCAAGGGUAAGUUUAGCGAACUGGAUGGAUGGGACGAAAAGGGGGAAGUGGGCAUGGGGGGAGAAGUGGCUGGGUUCUUGGAGGGAUUCCUGGAAGAGGUGCUUGUAAGGGUUGAGCCUGCAGACGAUUAA